CAAUUUGGCUGCGAAGAAAACAAGACCACUACACGUGUGCAACAACCGUCCUCAUUCACUUGAUAAACUAAAUUGAUGACAAUUAAUAAAAGUCUCAAUCUUUAUCCAUAAAUGGAUUGAUUAAUCAUUACUAGUAGAGUAGCGUAUAAUUAAUACUAAUUUACUAUGAUUACUUAACUGCGUGCGUUGGAGUUGGAGGAACAGCAAAAGCAAGAAGAGUAAAGAAACAAUGAAGUGUUUAUGUUUAUCCAUCUUUCUCUUCAUUCUCCUUUCUCUCUUCUCUUUUCACGGCGUGUCAUCUAAAAAUGUAUCUGAUACUCAGAGUCACCUACAACUAGCUAGCACCCCACCAAGAGGUUGGAAUUCCUAUGAUUGCUUUUGCUGGAUAAUUUCUGAACAAGAGUUCUUACAAAGUGCUCAAAUAGUUUCUCAGCGGCUCCGCGAUCAUGGAUACGAGUAUGUUGUGGUGGAUUAUCUCUGGUAUAGAAGGAAAGUUCAGGGUGCUUAUCAUGAUUCUCUUGGAUUCGAUGUGAUUGAUGAAUGGGGGAGGAUGAUUCCUGACCCAGAAAGGUGGCCUUCUUCACAAGAUGGGAAAGGGUUCAGCGAAGUAGCUAAUCGAGUGCAUAACAUGGGUUUAAAGUUUGGGAUUCAUGUUAUGAGAGGGAUAAGCACACAAGCUGUCAAUGCAAACACGCCUAUCCUAGAUACAACAACGGGAAGUGCUUACAAAGAAUCUGGCCGAUUGUGGUAUGCAAAAGACAUAGGGAUCCCUGAAAGGGCUUGUGGCUGGAUGACUCAUGGUUUCAUGAGUGUAAAUACUACGUUGGGUGCUGGCAAAGCCUUUUUGAGGUCCCUUUAUGUGCAGUAUGCUGAAUGGGGUGUUGAUUUUGUGAAACAUGACUGUGUAUUUGGCGAUGACUUAGAUUUAAAUGAAAUAAGCUAUGUAUCAGAGGUUCUCCGGGAGUUUGAUCGCCCCAUUGUCUAUUCUUUGUCUCCCGGAACAAGUGUGACACCAGCCAUGGCCAAGGAUGUCAGUGGACUGGUCAAUUUAUAUCGUAUCACAGCAGAUGACUGGGAUACAUGGGGGGAUGUUAAAUCUCAUUUUGAUGUAUCAAGGGAUUUUUCAACAGCUAAUAUGAUAGGAGCAAAAAGUUUAAUGGGGAAUUCAUGGCCGGAUUUGGACAUGCUACCAUUUGGAUGGCUAACUGAUGGCGCGAGUUGUUGGAGUACAAAUGCAGGUCCACAUAGGUAUAGUAACCUCAACCUAUCAGAGAAGAGGACACAGAUGACCCUGUGGGCAAUGGCAAAGUCUCCCCUUAUGUAUGGGGGCGAUGUACGGAAGAUUGAUCCCACAACAUACGAUCUCAUCACAAAUCCCACCCUUCUGGAGAUUAAUUUUUUUAGCUCAAAUAAUAUGGAGUUUCCUUCUAUCACAAGCUUGAAGAGUGAAGAUCAGGACUAUGGAAGGCAAAUGAGAAGAAGCUAUACAGAAACAAAAACAUCAUAUACACAUUCAAUAGGCCUCACUAGCUGCACUGACUCAAAAACAAGUGGUUGGAUUAGUGAAAGUCUUGACCAAUAUCCUGAAAGAAUCUGUUGGAAAUGGAAUUUAGGAAACAAUCAUCUUCUUCCUCCCUUCUGCAUGCACAAGAGAGAAUUGAACUUGGCAUCAGAUGAAGAGAAUAUGCAUCAAGAUUAUCAUCAUUUAGUUGCAGUCAACAAAAUAAAAUUUUGCUUGGAUGCUUCUGCAAGACGAAAGCUUACUUCUAAAGAGUUCAGGAGAGGUACAUUUUCGCCCUGCAGGUUGGAUUCAAAUCAGAUGUGGCAGUUGAAUCUUAAUGGGACCCUGGUAAAUAGUUAUUCUGGCUUAUGUGCAACAGUAAAACCUGUCAAAGCUCCUAUUAGUUCUGCUGGUUUUCGCUCUUGGGUUGCAACAGGAAGAACAGGAGAAGUCUAUGUUGCUUUCUUCAAUCUAAGUGAUCAGAAAACGGUUAUAUCUGCGCAGACAUCGGAACUAUCUAAGGUUUUUCAUGGGAGAGACUUAAGUUCUUGUAAAGGCAGUGAAGUUUGGAGUGGAAGUGACAUUAUAGUAACGCAGGGGACGUUAUCAGCAGAAGUAGAAAUGCAUGGAACUGCACUAUUUGUUCUCAAUUGCAACUAGUUUGGUCCCAAAAAGAAAGUUAUGUGUAAAUUGUAACAUUUAAAAUGCACUUAACCCAAGUCAAUUUGGGUGAAGUUGGGGCACACGAGUGUAUAUGUUUAUUAAAAAAAAGAAGUAUUACAAAAA